AUGAAUAGUAGAACAGAUGAGACGUCUUCCUAUAAAUAUCCAGUAUCUCGACCGCCUAAUUUCCCGUUUAUAUCAGAAGUGCAUUGUAAAUUAGCGCACAGACCAAUGAUAACAGGCGUAACUGCUCCAUCUAUUCCAUUCCAAAAUCAUAUGACCUUCGGUAAACAAAAGAAUGUUAGUGAAAUAACAGAAACAAUACCAUUGGAAAAAAAUUUAAAACUAUUAUACCCUUGUAUACGUGGAAACUGGAAUUAUAAACAUGAUAAACCAGAAUGUAAUCCUACCCUACAAAAUUUCCACAGACAUCGCUUACGAAAGGUAGUUAAACAACUUGAUGAUAUUUAUUCACAAAAUUAUUGUGAUACAUGUUGUGCCAAACAACAAGGCGGUACUUAUGGAUGUAGCCGAAAUGCAUUGUAUUCAACAUAUGAAAUAGCACCACAAAUGUGUUUCUCUGUGAGCUCCCAUCAAGAUGAAGAAUUCAGCAAAGAUCACUAUAAUUAUCUGCAUGAAAGACUUGAUGAACAUUCAACUGGAAAAUUUCGGUCGUCUAAAUGUUUAUAA